AUGUUGCUUGAAGAGCAGAGGUUUAUCCAUGAGGAUCUUGAGCGCCUGGAACAGGCUGUCGCCGACCGCGUGGCGGAAGAUCCCCGAAAUAUCCGAGUCCGUUUGUCACGCGACCAUGAAGUUGCUCAGUUUUUAGAGAGAAUCGAGACUCAAUCCAAGCGACUUUUAGAGACCUACCAAGAUGCCGAUGGGCUGCGAGAGAAAGAAAUCCAGUCUAUCUCAACUGGCGAUCAAUUCGAGGAGUUCUACAAGCAGCUGGGGGAGAUCAAGGAGCAUCACAAGCGCUAUCCGAAUGAACCCAUUGAGAACCUUGAACAAGCAUACAACCGCCGUCAACCUGGGGAGGGAGAGGCCCCCCGCACCGGAAUCGAUAACAUGUUCAAUGGCGAAGAAGGGUUUGGACAAUACCUCGACCUUACUCCUUUCCAUAAAGAUUAUCUGAACCUUCCAAACGUAAAGCGCUUGAAUUACGUCCAAUAUCUCGAAAUCUUCGACUCAUUCACACCACCAGCUAUGCCAAUCAAGCGAAACGAUAAAACCUCCUCUGAUCGUUAUUUCAGUUACGUGGGUGAACUUGCUGCUUAUUUAGAAAGCUUCAUCAAGAGGGUUCAGCCAUUGCAACCUUUGGACGAGCUUUUUGCUAGCUUUGACAAGGAAUUUGAAAAGCAGUGGUCUGCCAAGGAGGUCCCAGGUUGGACAGAAGAAAAGACCGAGAACGGCACCUCUGGCCCAGCAACUGAAGGUACGGGCGAGGGCAUGUGGUGCCCAGAUUGCGAGAAGGAAUUCAAGAAUGAAAACGUCUACCGGAACCACUUGCCCGGUAAGAAACACAUUCGGCUGGCAGAAGCUCGGAAGGCAGCAGGUUCCACCGACGCGAAGCCAUCCGCAUCUCAAUUGAGGUCAUCUGCCCACAGCUUGAAGGAGCGCGAGGUCGCCCGACGUGAACAUCAAAUUCGAUCCUUGACAAAUGUCUUGCACGAAGAGCGACAAGCGACACGAAUCAAUGUCGAGCGCCGACAGGGUAUGACAGAACGUGAACGUCAAGCGGAAUUGGAAGCCAUCCAGGCUGGGCUCUACAACACGGGUCCCGAGGCUAAUGGCGGCGAGGAGUCUGACAACGAUGACGAGGAGCAAGUUUACAACCCAUUGAAAUUGCCGCUGGCAUGGGAUGGAAAGCCUAUUCCGUUCUGGCUCUACAAGCUUCAUGGACUGGGCGUCGAAUAUCCCUGCGAAAUUUGCGGAAACUUCACCUACAUGGGUCGCCGCGCAUUUGACAAACAUUUCUCUGAAUCUCUCCACAUCUACGGAUUGAAGUGUCUUGGCAUCACGUCGAACACUAAUUUGUUCCGUGAGAUCACUAGUAUCAAUGAGGCCAUUGCGCUCUGGGAGCAACUUGACAAGGAUCGGAAGAAGGAGCGAGAUUCGCGCGAAAAUGUCGUUCAGAUGGAGGAUGCGGAGGGUAACGUGAUGCCCGAAAGGAUCUAUUUGGAUCUGCAAAAGCAAGGCAUUCUCUGA